AUGUCCGGAGGUCUAAUUGAUAAAGUUUAUAUAGGUCUAGAUAAUGCACCGGCCGCGUUUGACAUAAAAUCUCGUAUUUUAGGACCCAAUGGGACAAAUUUAGAAUAUAUAAGAUCUGAAACAGGAGUUGUAGCCGUCCUAAAAAGUGAUAAAUUUGAACCAUUACAUCUGGCAUUGCAUCACACGCGAUCUGAGGCUUUGGCGGCUGCACGAUCUUUGGCACAGAAUCUAAUUGAAACUAUUCGAGCUGAACUCGCUCAGUGGAGUGCCGCACAGGCAGGAGGACCACCACCUGCGCUUAAUGUACCGCCUCCUACCUUAACAACAACUGCUCCGCCUCCUGUACCGCCGCCUGUUGCUUCUGUAGCACUAUCAUCUACGUCAACUUUAAACACAUCCACAAAUCCUUCAGUAAUUCCCCCUGUAGUGAGUGUUGCCCCUGCAUCAACUCCAUUAAUGACAGUUCGGCCACCUACAGUGUUACAGCUUCUUCCCCAGCAACAAUAUGUUCUUAAUCAGGAAAAUGGUCAACUAAUACCAAUAGUACAACCAGGUGUUCAAGUAUCUAAUACCAACUUUACAUCAUUACCAAUUGCUCAGUCAUUAGGAGCUUUACAGCAGCAUAAUUUUGGUCAAACACAGCUUGUUGAUAUUUCUAAUGUACAGCCCGUUAAUGUAACACAAUUACGUUUGAGUGGAGUACCAUCAUCAAUGUCAAUGAUAUUGCCAAAUGGGUUAACUUUCCCACAAGCUCAAUUUAAUGGUGCUGAUACAACUGUUUGUUCAGCGACAGCUACUCCAGUUGUAUGUGCUGCUCAAAGCACCAGUUCUUCUCAAAAAAUAUUCUACAGUACUGAUAAAGGUGAUAAAGAUAUAAGAUACCAUUUACAAGGAUCAGAUAUGCAAUGGACAGUACCGGGUUCACAGACGAUGAUAAUACCAUAUCAACAGUUUCAAGAUCUUACAGCUAAUCAAACUGGGUUAACGAAUCUGCAACCGCAACAGUUUGUGUCUAUUGCUCCAGCUAAUAGUUUUCAGCAAACAUUGCCCUUGUCUGCUGCUCAGUUUCAGCAAUUACAAGCAUCUGGUACCAUAAUGCAGCUUAACCAAAAGCCCUUAGCAAGCAGUGCUCCUCUUAUAAACAUAAUAUCAACAGGACAAGCAUCAUCACCUCAAAUAAUAUCAACUUCAUCCAGUAAAGGCAUUUCGCAAGAGUCUCGAGGUCAGAAAAGAUUGUCUGAUGGAUCUCCAAGUCAAUUGCAGCUUCGUCCCAUUGCACCUGCUGGGUCACAUAGCCAGGACAAGUCCUCGUCGAGAGAGGGGCGAUCCUGGACUCCAGUUGCAGCUAAAGACAACACGGUGGUCAGUAUGGGAAUGAAAAUUAACCCUCCUCACGGUACCAUUAUACACGUUUCUUCAGGGCAGCAGACGAAUGUAUCAGCAUCAAGUAUGACUCAAGACGGAAUGUACAUAAAACAGAUUGACAGAAACUCUAUACACAUUCAAGCUAGCAAAGAGAGUAAACAUGAAUUAACAACAAAUAAAAUGCAAAAUACAGCACAAAACGUUCAAAUGAUAACCGUACCACAAGGUAUGACGGUUCUUCAAAAUCCGAUAAAUAUCAGUCAAAUGCCCACAAUGCUGGGACAACCAAAUAGCCAAGUUUACAUGAUACCCACAAACGCCCAAAAUUUGAUGCAAAAUGGUUUACCGCCUGGUCUUUUCGGCCAACAGGUCCUUCAAUCGGGUCAAAACGUUACUGUGGUGCAACCAAACCAAUUGGGCAUGCCUGGAGGUGUUCAGUACAAUAUGCCUUUAAUGCCAAUGAACAUGCCCCCGAAUUCGCAGUUCAUGCAUGCGGGUAUAAAUCUUAAUCAACUAUCUGCUCAGCAAUUAAAUGCAGCGUUAGCAGGACAACAGUUAACGAACCCCAAUUUAAAUGUAUCGGGUACGAUUCCCAUUGUACAGGCAGGUCAACCAACCUCUUCUCCCCUUCCAAAUAACCAGGCGAUACCAGUAUCUCAGGCCCAACAGAUCCAACAAAUGCUUCCGCAGAACUCUACAUUCCUAACACCAACUUCGCAAUACCCUGGUCUUCCUCCACAUUACAUUAUGCAAGGAAAUUCUGGGGCGAUAACAAUGCCUACAAAUCCUAACGUACAAUACACAAUACCCCCAAACCAAGAACCACCUGCUGCCCCUGCUAAUGCGAAUGGUCAAUCGACAUCGACGGAUACCACAGACUCGGGUAUUUCAAAUAGUCAAAACUAUAUUUCCUCAUCCCAGGAAGGAUAUGCUCCACCCGCACAGAAUCAAACACAAACAUUUACCUCAGACGGUUCAACUACGCCUACGGCAUCUUUCACUUCGACGACGAGCGUUCCUCAGCAAACAUAUACAAAUGGCUCAACAAACCAGAAUUAUAAUGCCAACCAAACAACCACACAACCACAACCGCCCCCUAGCUAUCCCACAAAUGGGACCCAAGCAAACGCGUCAUAUCAAGGAACUACUCCAAUCUCUCAAAACACAACUCAAACCAACUUUUCACCCUCAACUACUCCUGUACCAAAUCAGAAUUAUCCAGCGCCGAGCAUUCCUAAUAUCGCAUAUCCUCCUAACCAAAAUCCUUACCCAAAUGCGACAGGACAAAAUUUGGCAGCAUACGCGGGAAAUCAAUAUCAAUACACAAGUAGACCCUGGUUUAGACCCAGAUAUGGGUCUCCGCAGAGUUCUCCAUAUGGAGCUGGAGCAGUUCCGCCUCCAAACGGCCCACCAAUGCCGGUUCCACCGCCCCCGAAUAACUAUAACUACUGGCAGGACAGUUGA